AUGGCUAGCCUGGAACAGAAAUUCGAAGCAGCAACCUCAGCUCGAGAGAUCCCUGGUGUUGUACUUCUUGCCAGUAAUGCCGAUGGAACAUUCAAAUACAAAAAGGCGAUUGGCCCUGCAGCCCCAAACUCUCAAAUUGAGCUUGACUCGACCUUCACCAUGGCAUCAUGCACAAAGCUAAUAACUUCUAUCUCUGGUUUGCGAUGCGUAGAACAAGGACAGAUUGGUCUUGAUGAUGAUUUGUCUUCCAUAUUGACAGAGUUUAAAGAGACCCAUAAAUUCAAAGGCGUUGACGAGAACCGUUCUCAAGGUGUUGACUCCGUUCAUGCCCAUAAAACCGAUAUGUUGAAGGAUAUUACUCUCCCACUUUUGUUUGAGCCCGGAACAUCUUGGACUUAUGGCUACAGUCUCGAAUGGGUAUCUCUUCUUGUUACCCGUCUCAAUAAUGGUCAAUCAUUGGAAGGUUAUGCUCAAACGCACAUCUUCAGUCCCCUCAAUAUCAAUGAUAUAACAUUCUACCGCGACCAUAACCCACAUGUCCAAGCAAAGCUCGUGAAAAUGACUUUUCGCAGUGGGUUAGACAAUCUCAAACCAAUCUUAGCAUUUUCAGGCAAAGGCAAUGGGAAAGUAGAAUGGACUGAUGGAAAUCUGUACAUCAUUGAACAAAAAGAUUGUUGGGGAGGCCAGGGACUUGCCGGUUCCGCAAGUUCUUAUCUCAAAAUCCUAACAUCCCUUCUGAGCGACGAUGAAAUUUUACUCAAGAAAUCUACCACAACGGAAAUUUUCAAACCGCAAAUUUCGGAAGAAGCGGUAGAGGGUAUACGGGCCAGUUUCGUGUGUGCAGACUUCUUCCAGAGGAUGUUUUCUAGUCAAAUACCGGAGCGAGAAUUGAUCCAUGGAUUGGGCGGAUUAUUCAUAGAAGAAGAUAUCGGGGGAGGCAAGAAGAAGGGUACCUUGACUUGGAGUGGUAUGCCGAAUUUGUUGUGGAGUAUUGAUAAAGAGGCCGGGUUAGCUUGUCUCUAUGCUAGCAACGUAUUGCCUUUUGGGGAUCCAAAGAGUCAUGAGAUGCAACAAAUGUUUGAGAAAGAGAUGUAUAAGAAAUUUGGCGAGUUUCAAAAGACGCUGAAGUGA